ACGCCGUCUUCCAGGGCCGCGGGUGAAAAGGGAGUGCCAACAUGGGUCAAAAACCGGCGGUCCCGCAGAUUCCCGUCCCAGCCAAGGCUGCAGUGAGCACGCAGGCCGGCGUUCUGGCCGCCCGCGGCGGUUCCCAACAACGCCGGGCAGUGUCCCAAAUGGCUGUAGCCCCGCCUCUAGCCCAGCGCUGAAAGAGCUGACGCGUAAUUAAAGUUCUUCGAACCUUUGUACUAGUAGUUUGCCUCGAUUUCAAACCAGUAGAGCCAGGAUAAAAAGGACAGCGGUAACCGUGGCAACCGAAGAACGAGACGGAAGGGGCGGGGCCUUAGGGCGGAAAAGGCAGGACGAAAAGAGCAAGUUCUCCGGUCCCUUCCGGGAGUCAAUUUCGUGGCGGGAAAAGUGGCUCCUUCCGACAGUUUCUGUUGGUCCUACGCAGUAGGUAUUCGCGCGAGCCGGGAUGGAGCAGCAACCCGAGGUGCAAGCCGCCGCCAAGUCCGCGGACUCGGAAGAGGACCACAUGACCCUGCUGCUCAGGCUGAGGGCACAGACAAAACAACAACUCUUCGAAUAUAAAUCAAUGGUUGAUGCAAAUGAAGAAAAAACUCCAGAAGAAAUCAUUCCAGAAAAGCAAAUUGAAACUAAAAUUGAAGACCUGGAAAAUGAAAUUGAAGAGGUGAAAAUUGCUUUUGAAAUGAAAAAGCUUGCACUAGACAGGAUGCAACUUUCGACAGCACUUAGAAAAAACCUGGAGAAAAGGAACAUUCAGACUAGUGAGCUCAUGGACAACAUGAAACAUGUAGUGAAGCUAAAUAAAAUAAUAAUGAAAUCACAGCAGGAAUCUUGGGAUUUGGAGAAAAAACUGCUUGAUGUUAAAAAGAAGAGAUUUGAAUUAAAACGAGCUUCAGAAAGUAAGUUUUUGGAAAUACAGACUGAAAAGAACAAACAGAAAGAUGAUUUGGACAGUAUGGAAAAUUCAGACAAGAUAAAGACCUUACAACAAAAGCUACAGGUGGAGAUACAAAUUACUACAGUUAUUCAACAUGUGUUCCAGAACCUCAUUUUGGGGAGUAAAGUCAAUUGGGCAGAGGAUUCUGCCUUUAAGGAAACUGUUCUGCAGCUUGAGAAGAAUCUCACCAUGCUCUAAUAAGAAUUCUAGUUUGGCAUUAUUUGUUUCUGUAUUUGAUGUCACUUAAAUAGCAAAUUUCAGGUAGUCAAGCCACAUACUCCAUUAAUAAGGUUCCCUGACAGAAGAGACAAUCCUAAACCCAAUGG